CCCCUGUAUCUGGGCUCUAGUAUCUGGGUUUGGAGCCCAAGUUUGUAGAAACACCGAAACAGACGGCUCGAACAUUCUACGUAGGCGGUCACCAAUAUUCCAGCCUUCUCUCAUUCAAACUCUCUUCUUCUCUUCCCUUCUCUUCUGCUUACUCACACAAACAAGAACGGACAAACAAACAAACAUAAGUGUUUCAUUCAGUCACAACACAAAACACAAACCCAGAGAACGAGGUUUCUUCCUAGUUUUUAUGUCCAUGGAAGCUGAGACUGCCACCACUUCUCACUUGGCGCUGUCUGACACAGAUAUCAACUGGGACAGGUUGGAUAAGACCAAAUUUCAUGUCAUUGGUGCCAUACUCUUCACUGCUCAAUCAGGCUUACUUCAUCCAACGGCAGUGGUGAAGACAAGGAUGCAAGUGGCUGGGUCUGGACUCUCUCAAAUGUCAGGAAUGUCAGUGUUCACUCACAUUCUGCGGAGUGAUGGUGUUCCUGGAAUCUUUAGAGGUUUUGGCACUUCUGCUAUUGGAUCAAUGCCUGGCAGGGUCUUAGCCCUCACAUCACUUGAGAUGUCAAAGGACUUAAUGUUAAAACACACUCAAGGUACUGCAAUGCCUGAAGCAUCACGUAUUGGCCUUGCAAAUGGGGUGGCUGGCAUGGUGUCAAAUUUGGUAUCCUGUGUGUACUUUGUGCCUUUGGAUGUGAUAUGCCAGAGGUUAAUGGUCCAAGGUCUUCCCGGAACUACAUGUUGUAGAGGGCCAUUUGAUGUUAUCCGGAGAGUUGUCAAGGCGGAGGGUUUUCGCGGUUUGUAUAGAGGUUUUGGAUUAACAGCAGUAACCCAAUCACCAGCAUCUGCACUUUGGUGGGGUUCUUAUGGUGCAGCUCAACACAUAAUUUGGAGGAGUUUGGGCUACAAAGAUGAUAUGGAGAACAAACCUUCACACGUGGAAAUGGUGACAGUUCAGGCUACUGCUGGGAUGGUAGCUGGUGCAUGUUCCUCUGUUAUCACUACCCCCAUAGAUACUGUUAAAACACGUCUUCAGGUUAUGGACAACUAUGGUUCUGGAAGACCAUCAGUGCUGAAGACAGCAAAGAAUCUCCUUAAGGAAGAUGGAUGGUGGGGAUUUUACAGGGGUUUUGGACCAAGAUUUUUAAACAUGUCACUUUAUGGAACAACAAUGAUUGUUACUUAUGAACUGAUAAAGAGAUUAUCAGUACAACCGAGUCUAAGGUCUUUUUCUUAGUGCAAGGGAAGAGACAAAGAUUCAAGCAUGAUUUUAGCAUGCCUAACUUGUGUUCAGGGUCAGCAAAGUGGUGGAUCCCUUCGACUUCAAACACUGCACCAUGCAUGCAGUAUGAAAAGUUCUUUACUCAAAGAUGUGGCUCCUUUUCUAAAUUUGAAGAUGACUACUUGACUUUUGCUUUACAGAAGCUGUAUUAUGGGAAGUGUUUGGGUCAGGUGGAGUAUGUAGAACUUCCAAUCUUCAUUCCAAGGGUAUUUUAUUUGUAGUUAAAGCUCCAA